AUGCCGUCAAUGAAGCUCCUAAACCAAAAAGAAGAUACAAGGUACUUUCUCCUCCAGUCAACGUUUCGCGAUAAACCACAUUUCUGGGGACGUAACUUCAAGUGUGUCACCGCUCGACAUACUCCUCGGAACCCGAAGGAGAAGACAGCUCUGUCUAUCUUCCAGUAUGUGGGCGUUCACAACUUUACAUUCACAGUUUCAAAGGAAGUGAAAGCUGUUACCCACUACGGUUACACAAAGCCGAAUGCACUUGAAUACCACUUGACGGGUAACAGGAUACUUAUUGAACUUGUCAUGUUCUCCAAUGGUGGUACCUGCAAUCUCCUGAGCGUUCCGUACCUGGGUACAAAAUUGGGAUGCGAGCUUUGGGUCAUCGAGAGCAGCAUUGACAAAGUCCCUGCCUGCUGCCUCUUCAUGUUUCGUCUGCUGUGCCCAAAGAAUGCCCCGUACAACGUUUACGACAACACGUGCAAGAGUGUCCUGAACCGCAGAAAAGCACCGAGGAAGUGAAGCCGAGGAUACAAGAGACAGACGGAGGAAACUGCCAUUCGCACAUACACCUUAUAGAUAUGCUCCGACACAUGUAUAGUUUUCUAGGACGCUGGAAUACUUUUUACGCUGACAAGUGCGGCAAUUUGACGUAGUUGGCAGAAUUGUAUGGUGAUAAAUGAACGGCGCGAGAAAUAACGCAGGCUCAGACAAUAAAGGGACAA